CAACAACAGGUUUAAAAGAAGCUGUUGUGGCUGUCUGUAGUUGGAGAAAGAAGAAGAAGACGAAGAACCGCGUUAACCCCGAGAAGGAUUUGCGCAUCUUCCUGGAAUAAUGGUGGUGACCUACGAGGUGACCGUCUACACGGGCGACAGAGUUCAUGCCACCACCGUCAACCCCGUGCACAUUAAGCUGGUGGGCAAAGAUGGCGAGAGCGACCGGACGUGGCUCAGAUCUUUAGUCAUCUUCAGGGGAUCCGUGUGUUCUUACACAGUUUCCUGCCCCAAUUCCCUCGGAGAGUUGGUUCUUAUAGAACUAGACAAACGACAAUUCUUCCUUUUGCCUGGGGACGCUUGGUUCCUUGACAAGGUGGAAAUCACGUCACCCGAGAAAGACAUCUACACCUUCCCCGUCUACUCCUGGAUCAGUGACAGGGAGACUCAUCGCUUCAGAGAGGGCAAAGCUUUGAGGAUCUUUGAUGAAAGCAACUCCCUCGGUCAGUACGCGAGAGAGCAGGAGUUGGCCCAGCGCAGUGUCGACUACAGUUGGGAUUUCUAUCACCCAGGUGUGCCCUAUACUAUCAAGACAGACGGUCCUAUGACCUUGCCGGAUGAGGUCCAGUUCUCCUUUACGAAGUCUACGGAGUUUGCAUUCACGUCGCUCACAGGGUUGGUCGAACUUCGGCUAAAAGGGCUGGCUGACAACCACGAAAACUGGACAAAUCUUGAAAGCAUCAACGACGUGUUCCACAACAAAGACACACCUUUAUCAGAUUACGUCCAGGAACAUUGGAAAGAGGAUGAGUUCUUUGCAUACCAGUAUCUAAAUGGUCUCAAUCCCAACUUGAUUCGACGUUGCAAAACUCUGCCCGAGAACUUCCCCGUGACCGAUGACAUGAUCUCCAUCCCCGAUGGCUCAACCUUGUCCCAGGAGUUGAAGGAAGGUAACAUAUACCUGUGCGACUACAAGAACCUGGACGGAAUGCCUGCUAACGUUGUCCAAGGAAUUCAGCAGCACUUGACAGCACCUCUGGUCCUGUUUCACCAAAGACCCAACGACAAGCUGAUGCCCAUCGCCAUUCAGCUGAAACAGACUCCGGCUGAGGACAACCCGAUCUUUCUCCCGACCGACUCUACGUAUGACUGGUUGACAGCGAAGAUUUUUGUGAGGAGCGCCGAUUUCUCAGAGCACCAGCUCAACACACACUUGCUGCGCACUCACCUGCUGGCAGAGGCCUUUGCGGUGUCGCUGCUGCGCAACCUGCCCAUGGUGCAUCCCGUGUACAAGCUCCUCAUACCCCACACGCGAUACACACUGCAGAUCAAUGAAUUAGCUCGAGGACAGCUGAUCGGACCCGGCGGAAACCUCACCCAGUUGUCGGCUUCUGGUGGAGACACUUUGAUGAAGCUCCUGGCAAGAUCGCUGUCCUCGAUCACCUACAGCUCCCUUUGCCUCCCCGACAGCAUCGCCGCUCGCGAUAUGCACGACGUACCGAACUUCUACUACAGGGAUGAUGGCCUCCAACUGUGGAACCUCAUCUUCAAGUACGUGCAAGGAGUAAUAGAGUUCUACUACAAAAGUGACGACGAGGUCCGGCGAGAUUCGGAACUGCAGACGUGGAUUGGGGACAUUUUUGAACACGGAUUCCUUUCCCAGCCACAAACAGGAAUCCCUCAGAGUUUCACCACCGUAUCCGAGCUAAUCAAGUUCGCCACCAUGGUCAUGUUCACGAGCUCGUGCCAACAUGCGGCCGUAAAUAGCGGCCAGUAUGACUAUGGAGGCUGGAUGCCCAACACCCCGCCAACCCUGCAGCGUCCUUCCCCAACCAAAAAGGGUACAACAAGCGAGGCCACAAUGUUGGAGACAUUGCCCAUCAUCAGUGUGACGGUUCAGGGAAUGGCCACAGUCUGGCUGCUCAGCAGGCAGUCAUCAGACUUUGUCUCCCUCGGACACUACCCAGAGGACCAUUUCACCGAGAAGACACCCCGCCAGCUGCAAAAGGAUUUUAAAGCCGAGCUCGAUACGUUGUCUGUCGCGAUCAACGACAGAAACAAAGGUCUGGAAAUCCCUUACACUUACCUGGAUCCAAAUAACGUAGAGAACAGCGUGGCCAUCUAAACCUCGGCCAGUCACAAUACGAAUAAAAUGGCCACAAUAGUAAUAGUGUACACAAUUACAAGGAAAAUGAAGUAAAACCAAGACACCUGACAGAUGUGAUGGAGAAGGAACAGGGAGCCACCACCUCUUGGCCAUUUGUAGGUCUUACUGGAACAACUGUUACUGUAAGUGCGUCGUGGAUAAAACGUGUAUUGCCCGAUAAAAUUAAUUUGUCUAUGUACUGUAUUUGUGAACUUUGUGAGGAUCAGCGUUGUCAAAAAUGGACGGAUGUAUUAUUCAUGUUGCGCACAGGGGCCAGACCCUCUGCCGUGCCGAAGUUCGUUCCAGUUCGAGAGAGGAUAUUGAAGCCGUGUGUUGUGUAAUGUUUGAACGGUGCGCAAAUAAAAGUUGAAACCUCUGGAGCAUUUUGGGAAUCUGAUUAAGCAACAAAUGUAUGAAAUUUGUAUUCUUCUGUCAAAGGGCCAACAGUGCCACAGGGUGUGUCCGAACGACGGAGCGCUGCAGUUGGGUUUCUUUCGUCUGGUUUUCCCCGUCGUCCGUAUCUAACGGUCACCCAUCCACCAACGAAUUGCACAGGAGACGACACUUUGAUAUGCCGUGGUGCCCUUGAGCAGGAUCG